AUGGUGGCUGAGCCCCUCUGUCUGGGGCAGGAGGUGACCCGGGAGCUCUCCACAAAUCUCCAAAGCCACGGGCCGCGGAUUCAGAGCCCCCAUCCCAGACAGGAGGCAACGCAGCCCCGCACUGACCCAAACCUGGGGCGGCCGGGGUCUGGAGACACCCGGUGGAUCCGGGCACGCCCCGAGGGCAGGAGGAGAUCUGGAACCCCUCAGGUGAUGUGGAGCCCAGGAUAUAAUGGAUCCCUCCCUAAUGGAGACAGGGGGCGCAGGAAAAGCAGAUUUGCCCUUUGUAAGCGAUCGAAGGCAAGUGGCGUUAAACCCAGCACUGUUCAUGUCAUCUCUACUCCUCAAGCAUCAAAGGCAAUCAGCUCAAAAGGUCACCACAGUAUCUCUUUCACCUUAUCCAGAAGCCAGACAGUUGUAGUGGAAUAUAUUCAUGACAAAGAUACAGACAUGUUUCAGGUUGGGAGGUCUACAGAAAGCCCCAUAGACUUUGUAGUAACAGAUACUAUUUCAGGAAAUCAAAAUAAUGAUGAAACCCAGAUUACCCAGAGCACCAUCUCCCGAUUUGCCUGCAGGAUUGUUUGUGACAGGAGCCCACCAUACACAGCAAGGAUCUUUGCAGCCGGCUUUGACUCGUCUAAAAAUAUAUUUCUUGGUGAAAAAGCAGCCAAGUGGAAAAACCCUGAUGGCCACAUGGAUGGAUUGACAACCAACGGGGUGCUGGUCAUGCAUCCCAAAGGAGGAUUCACGGAGGAGUCCAAGCCCGGAGUGUGGCGGGAGAUCUCCGUCUGUGGGGACGUGUACACGCUCCGGGAAACCAGGUCUGCUCAGCAGAGGGGCAAGCUGGUAGAAAACGAGACCAACAUCCUGCAGGACGGCUCCCUGAUCGACCUGUGCGGGGCCACGCUCCUGUGGAGAACGGCGGACGGACUCCUGCACACCCCGACGCAGAAACACAUCGAGGCCCUGCGGCAGGAGAUCAACGCCGCCAGGCCCCAGUGCCCCGUGGGCUUGAACACCCUGGCCUUCCCCAGCAUCAACCGCAAGGACGUGGUGGAGGAGAAGCAGCCGUGGGCCUACCUCAGCUGCGGCCACGUGCACGGCUACCACAACUGGGGCCACCGCAGCGACACGGAAGCCAACGAGCGCGAGUGCCCCAUGUGCAGAACCGUUGGCCCCUACGUGCCUCUGUGGCUGGGCUGCGAGGCCGCGUUUUACGUGGACGCCGGGCCCCCCACGCACGCUUUCACCCCCUGUGGACACGUGUGCUCCGAGAAAUCCGCCAAAUACUGGUCCCAGAUCCCGCUGCCUCACGGGACUCACGCGUUCCACGCCGCCUGCCCGUUCUGCGCCACGCAGCUCUCCGGGGAGCAGAAGUGCGUCAAGCUCAUCUUUCAGGGCCCCAUCGACUGAGAAAUCGCUCGGCAAUGACCACAAUAAAAGUUUCCUUUGACGGUUUACUGUGAA